AUGGACGUACCCGGAAUUGCACUUGUCACCGGCGGAGCUUCAGGCAUCGGCCGAGCAUGCGCAAAGGCAUUCGCCAGAGAUGGCGCCUCGGGAAUUGCCCUGCUGGACAUGAACGCCGAAGCCCUGGCCGCCGUCAAAGCCGAGAUCGAAGAGCUCCUCAAACGACAACCAAGCUCAAAACCCUGCCGAGUCGAGACAUACCCCACAAACAUCACGGACGAGAACCGCGUGAAUGAAGUCGUACAAGAAGUCGCGACAACCUUCGGCCGACUGGACUAUGUUGUCAACGCCGCCGGAAUCGCCAUGAAGCAUGCAGGCGGCGCCGCAUUUUGUGAAACAUCAGACUGGGAACGCAUCCUCAACAUCAACCUGACAGGAACAUUCUUCGUGCUGCGCGCUGCUGCCAAGAUCAUGCUGAAGCAGGAGCCAAUCCGGUCUUCUAUCGAUGGACGGCCAUUGCAGCGUGGUUCCAUUGUUAAUUUCUCGUCCAUUCAGGGUAUCGCUGGCAUUGCUCUGUCCACUGCAUACACUGCGAGCAAGCAUGCCAUUAUCGGAUUGACGAGGACGGCCUCCGAGGAUUAUGCUAAGGAUGGAUUGCGCAUUAAUGCUAUCUGUCCGGGAUACACUGAGACUCCGCUCACGACCAAGUCGCCUCAGAUUUUGGCGGCCAUGAAGGAGAAGGUUGCUAAUGCUGUGCCGAUGGAACGUAUGGGUCAGCCGGAGGAGAUUGCCGAUGGAGUUAUUUACUUGGCUGGUGGGAGAAGUUCGUUUGUUACCGGGACUGCGUUGUUUGUGGAUGGUGGAUACACACAGCGAUAA